CCAGUACCCACGGUCCCACCCCACCCGGAGAAAACGAAACAAACCAAAUCUCGCUGCGAGCUGGGCGGCGAGGGCGCGCGGCGCCAUGGCGAGGAGCAGGACGUCGGGCGGCGGCGAGUACGAGAGCGGCAGCGACCACGACGGCGCGCUGCAGAAGCCGCUGCUGCCCAACAGCGGGAGCUGGUACCGGAUGGGGAUGGGGUCGCGCCAGUCCAGCCUCAACGCCGCCGGCACCUCCUCCAUGGCCGUCCUGCGCGAGUCCCACGUCUCCGCCUUCCUCUGCACGCUCAUCGUCGCGCUCGGCCCCAUCCAGUUCGGCUUCACCGGCGGCUACUCCUCCCCGACGCAGGCCAGCAUCAUCCGGGACCUCAACCUCUCCAUCUCCGAGUUCUCGGUGUUCGGCUCGCUGUCCAACGUGGGCGCCAUGGUCGGGGCGAUCGCCAGCGGCCAGAUGGCCGAGUACGUUGGCCGCAAAGGGUCGUUGAUGAUUGCAGCAAUUCCAAACGUCAUUGGUUGGCUUGCGAUCUCCUUUGCAAAAGACUCUUCAUUUCUGUAUAUGGGACGCUUGCUUGAAGGAUUCGGUGUCGGUAUCAUUUCCUAUGUGGUACCGGUAUACAUAGCAGAGAUAUCUCCACAAAACAUGAGAGGGGCUCUUGGCUCUGUGAACCAGUUAUCUGUAACCCUUGGUAUCAUGUUUGCCUAUUUGCUCGGCUUGUUUGUUCCUUGGAGGCUUCUUGCAGUAAUAGGAACCUUGCCCUGCAUAGUGUUGAUACCUGGCCUUUUCUUCAUUCCGGAAUCUCCAAGAUGGCUGGCAAAGAUGAAUAUGAUGGAUGAUUGCGAGACUUCUCUACAAGUUCUGAGAGGAUUCGAUGCUGACAUCACUGCAGAAUUGAAUGAUAUAAAGAGAGCAGUAAUGUCAGCAAACAAAAGGGCUACAAUUCGUUUCCAAGAGUUGAACCAAAAGAAAUACCGAACGCCCCUAAUUAUAGGAAUUGGUCUACUUGUGCUGCAACAGCUAAGUGGAAUAAAUGGUAUACUAUUUUAUGCAAGUAGCAUCUUCAAAGCUGCCGGUCUGAAGGACAGUGACUUGGACACCUUUGCACUUGGAGCUAUUCAGGUUCUUGCCACUUUUGUUACAACCAUGUUCUUGGACAGAGCUGGGCGGCGAAUCCUCCUUAUUAUUUCUUCUGCUGGGAUGACUCUAAGUCUUCUUGUAGUUGCUAUUGUAUUUUACAUCAAGGAUAAUAUUUCACAUGACUCUGACUUGUAUGACAUCUUAAGUAUGGUGUCCUUGGUUGGUGUCGUGGCUUAUGUCAUUGCCUUCUCCUUCGGUAUGGGUGCCAUUCCUUGGAUCAUAAUGUCUGAGAUCCUCCCAGUUAGCAUCAAGAGUCUUGCAGGAAGCUUCGCGACCCUUGCCAACUGGUUGACAUCCUUUGGAAUAACAAUGACGGCAAAUUUGCUGAUCAGCUGGAGUGCUGGAGGUACGUUUACCUCCUACAUGAUUGUGAGUGCCUUCACUCUCGUGUUCGUAAUCGUUUGGGUGCCAGAGACAAAGGGAAGAACCCUCGAAGAGAUACAAUGGUCGUUCCGCUGAGCACCAACAUCGUCAAAAUGCGAAAUGGUUCUUCGAGUUUUGUCGCUUUAGAUAGUAAGAAUAUGGUUGUUCUUAUUCAUCUGCAAUAGUUCUUCAUGUUUUUUUUUUGUCGCUUUAGAUCGAGAACGUUGGUUGACAUAAUGUUCUUGUCUAUUCUUUCGCAGCUCAAAUCACUCGACGAAGGCCACACAUUCUUUCUGUUCAUAAAAGGUCUUGUACAUGAGAUUGCAUACACCGUUGUUAUAACUUUACCCCCAAUAGACUUGUAAAUGCUUGUGCAGUAACUCUUAUAUUACUUUUGCUUCAACAUUGUAAGAUAGAAGACUUGCCAAAAUAAAAUCUGAACCUUGGGUCCAA